GUUUAUUAUUGCAUUAAAACCUUAAGUUGUUUUAUAGAUUUAAAAAGAUAUGCGAAUAUAAAUUUCGACCAAAUCCAGUAACUUAUGCAACUGAGAAAGAUAUCAAUAGAAAUUUCUCUAAUCACUACAUGUAAAAAAAUAUUCACUGAGACACUCACUGAUUUGGUCUGAAUAAAUUUACUAGCUUAUAAAUAUAAUAAUUUUUCCACAGUUGAACAUUCCAUCAACUUUGAUAGCAAGAAAUUAUUCUUCUGGUUAAUUUAAUUUGCAAAAGUGUUAUAUAUUUAAUCGGAUAUUUAUCAAAUUCAUUCCAUUACUAAUUAAUUGAACUGAACUGAACUGAAUAAUUACGGAAUGACUGACCAUAAUCAAUAUGGUAAUAACCAAAAACAUUCACUUGAAGAUGGCAAUUGUACAAAAGAUGAUUGUAUAGCUUUUAGUACUGUAGGAGAAAAUCGUACAUCUAAUGCUGGUAUUCUUAUUGAUAAUGAACGUAAAAAUGGUCGCAAUUCAUUUCAUUUGUGGAAUUUACAUAAAUAUGAUCAUGUAGGAGUUUGGCGACCUCACAACAGAUCAGGAAUUUUUCUAAUAAUUGCAUUGAUAUUAAUUCUGAUUUUAUUGAUUAUAUUCAUUGCGUUAUGGGCAAUUCAACUGGUGAUUAACUUAAAUCAACCUUGUUUAGAACCUACAUGUAUAAAAGUUGCUUCAGAAAUCCUUAGCAAUAUGGAUACAAGCAUAUCACCUUGUGAUGAUUUCUUUGCAUAUUCCUGCAAUGGAUGGAUCAAACAGAAUUAUAUACCACAAGGUCAUAACGCCUGGUCUGUGAUGCGUAAACUAUCCAAAAAUGGCGAGUACUUUACCAAAGAAUUACUUGAAAAUCGCUCACAUACAGACACCAGUCGCGGUUUCACUUUGGCACAAAUUUAUUAUAAGUCAUGCAUGAAUGAAUCUGUUAUUGAAAGUCGGAAAUUAACACCUCUGUAUAAUUAUAUCAAAAAAUUAUUUAACGGUUGGAUAUUAUUACCAAAAGGAAAUCAAGCUGCCGGGGAACAAAAUGCCAGCUAUUUUCAUCCUGACAAAUUUGAUCUAACCGAUAUGUAUUUACCUAUGUUACGGUAUUCAGGCGCAACACCACUAUGUCGUAUUCUAGUUGGACAAGAUCAAAUGAAUUCCUCGCGAUUUGUAAUAGAUCUUUCAGAAGGACAUGUUAGUUUACAACGAGAAUAUUAUGUAAACGAUUCAAAUCCAGCUUACUCAAAGAAAACUGAAGCAUUUCGUCGAUUUAUGCGAAAUUAUUCCCUAUUGGUAGGCGUGCCCAAUUCUUCAUUACAUGAAAUAGAUGAAGUUUAUGAAUUUGAAAAGCAGAUUGCAUUGAGAACUGAAGAACGUAGUGAACGAGACCCGGAGAAGAACUACGAACUGGUUACAUUGCAAAAUUUGUCCUCUAUCUGUCCAGUGCUUAAUUGGACAAAAUUAUUCGAUUAUAUAUAUGCACCAUUAAACUAUACUCUACACCGAGAACAAGUGAUUGCAUUACAUGAUCGUACAUUUUUCAGAGAACGAUGUGCUUUAUAUCAAGAAUAUUUGAAAACAGAAGUCGGUAUUCGAACAUUGCACAACGCUGCAGUAUGGAGUUUUAUGUGGAAAACAGUCCCACGUAUGCCAAAAGAAGUUAGUGAAAUGCUGGAAGAAUAUAGAGAAGCAGAAUUAGGAUUAAAAGUUGAUCCAGACCGCUGGCAGACAUGCGUUACCGAAGUACAAGGUCCAUUUGGAUUAGUGAUCGGUAGACAUUUUGUUCAUGAGAAAUUUAAUCAGAAAAGUAAAGAGGCAGCUACUGAAAUGAUCACGGAAAUUAAGGAGGCUUUCAAAGAGAAUUUCGCUAGUGUCGAAUGGAUGGCAGAAGCUGACAAACGAAAGGCAAUUGAAAAGGUGGAUUCAAUGAAAGCUUCCGUUGGUUAUCCAAAUAAUAUUGAUAAUAUAGACGAUGAAAACAGAGAGUUUUCAUAUUUUGCUGAUUUGAAUGAAUCAACUUAUUUUGAAAAUGCAUUAUACUGUUCUGAAGCAUUGUUUCUUGAAAUUCUACGAGAAUUGAUCGUUCAGGACCCGGACAAAUGGUCGUUACCAGUCCACAUUGUAAAUGCAUAUUAUAAGGAAAAUUCAAAUCAUAUUUAUUUCCCUGCUGGUAUACUUCAAAGUCCAUUGUAUCAUCAUGAACAACCGUUAUCAUUAAAUUUCGGUGGAAUCGGCAUGGUUGUAGGACAUGAAAUCACGCAUGCAUUUGAUCAACACGGUGCCAAGUUCGAUGCCAAAGGAAACAUGAGAGACUGGUGGAGUGCAGAAACUUUGUCAGCUUUUGAAAAAAAUUCACAAUGUAUGAUCGAUCAGUAUAGUAAUUAUUCCAUACUUAAUACAAGUCUUAAUGGAAAAAUGACAUUAGGCGAAAACAUUGCUGAUAAUGGAGGUAUUAAAGCAGCAUAUAAAGCAUUCAAGAAGUUGGAGGCCAAGUAUUCUGACAAACCUAUUUUGCCUGGAUUACACUUCACUCCAGAUCAAUUAUUUUUCAUUGGAUUUGCUCAGUUAUGGUGCAUCAAAAGUCUCCCGCAAUCAAUUCUCAAUACUGUACUUUUUGAUGUGCAUACAGUGGAACAGUACAGAGUAAUUGGUACUAUAACAAAUUCAGAAGACUUUGCUAAAGUAUUCAACUGUCCUCCAGGAUCACCAAUGAAUCCUGUGAAAAAAUGUCAUGUUUGGUAAAUAUUAUCACACACACACAGAGAGAGAUAUUGUAAUGCUGCACAAAAUGCUAUUCCUCUCCUUCCCUUCCUGUCCCAUUCCCAUUUUCGAUUAUAAUUUGAACAAUUCGCAAAAUUUAGAUUUUUCUCCGUAUCCAUCACGUUUUGUGUUUUAAUGUUGUUACGGUUGUUAUUCUCUUAGUUGUUGUUAUUGUGAUGAUCAUUACUGUUAUCGUUAUUAUGAUUAUGAUUAUUAUUAUGAUUAUUGUUAUUAUCACUAAUUAACAUUCGUGAAAUUUUAUGCAAAUGAAUGUAACAUGAUCAAGCUCAAUUCCACUGUUUUAUUCGAUUAUCAAUGUCUUUUAAGUAUGUCAAUAUAUUUCAGAUUUGGUGCAUGUCUGUUUGGUCUUGUGUGUUUAUGUGUGUGUGUAUACUUGUGUAUGUGUAUGUAGUACACUGUGUUUAAUUUUCUACUAACAGAAUAAAUAAACUCUCGAUCUAAAUGUAUUCUUACGAAUGUAUACUUUCAUGUGUGUUAGUGUUUGUGUGUCUGUUUAUACGGACGGAUAUGUGUAGGUAUGCAUAUACGUGUGUGUGUGUCUAAGCUCGCCGAUAAUGAUCAUAAUCAUAGUCAAAAAUACUACAAGACCUCAUCAUCAUCAUCUAUCAAGUGACAAUGUUUACUCAACUAAUAAUGAACAUUGAAUGCGUGAUUCUACAUAAUCAGUCAUUUUGUAAUGUUGUUUUAAUUUCCCAUUGUGAUUUCAUGUGAACUGGCUGUUUUUCUGCUCUGUCUCACUCUCUCUCACUUUAUCGUGGUUGUUCACUUUUUUUAUUACACGGUUCAAAAUCUUCAUUUGUUUCAUUGAUAGUUCUUGUUUUAAAUUCUCUGAGGAUUUUGUGCCUAACUAAACUUCACAAUGAAUUUUAAUUUUAAAAAAAUGCAACAAAUGCAUUAAAAAAAAACUACAGGAGAUCACUAAUGUAUUUUUAUUGUAGUCCUUAUCAUUAUUGAUGAAAAUGAAUUGACAUUUCAAGAAAAAAAAAACAAACUCUGAUAUUUUUUAUUACUCUGCAUUCAACAUGUUUUUUUGGUUUUCUCUCUUUUUAAAUUUUAUUAUUUUAAACAUAAAAGUAUUUUUUAAGUGAACUAAUGCAUGCUGCAUAUAAAUAUUUAUAUAUAUUUAUAUAUACAUAAAUGUGUGUUUCAAUUUUCUGUUGAAUAAUAAAUAAUCUAUUUGAUA